AUGUCGAAAUCCAAUACUUGCAGAUGUGAUAUGUCGGCUUAUGCAAGGAAUAGAUUUUACAACCCAAAAGUUCACGUGUCCGGAUGGUAUGAUAUACAGAAUGAUGAAGAUUACUUAGAAAGUUAUAACAAAAUGAAAGAUUUUUAUUUGCAAGAGUAUCCAACAUACAAAAUAGAAGAGAAAUAUAAAAACAUGAAAAAAAAAUGUAUUAAGAAUAUUUCUGAUAAACAAGUUAUUUUUUACCAAGAUUAUGGUACAGAAUAUUGGGUUACUGAAACCAAAGAAUCAUAUAAAGUGCAUAAUAAAAUUGAAUUUUAG